AUGAAAUAUCUUUUGUUGACUUUCACCUUGUUUUUCGCGACAGCUGAUGCAUGGAAUCGACAAAGUGAGUUUUUGGGUGGAAUUCGGGAAAAACGGGUGGAAAAAAUAGGGAAAAUUGCAAGUUGAGAGAGAAAAAACCACCUUCAAAUUGCAGUUCGACUCCUCGUUUCGAGACCAAGCGCGGGAAACAUGUUUUUCAAAUUCAAAAACGUUUCCCGCGCUUGGUUUCGAAACGAUAGAUCAAAUUAUUUGUGAAUUUCGUGUCUCGUUUUCUCUGUGUCUCUUUCGAUUCACCCUGUAAAAGACCGUGUGGAAGAUUCGGGAACCUGAAGUUUUGAAGUAAAAGCCCCCCAGGAAAAGUCGCAAAAUUUCAUUAUUUUUGAUAAAAUUGAAAAAAAAAAGUUUACACAACUCUUAAGAUGUUCUCAAAAGUUUCAAGAAUUUGACUUAGUCUGCUCCAAGUUAAGCGCGUGCGGCUAUGCGUCGCGGUCGGGAAACAAUGUUGCUUCCCGACCGCGACGCACAGCCGCACGCGACUGACGAACUAAUGUUUUUUAAGCUAGGAAGUGCGCUUAAAAUUUUUGAGAAAAUCUUAAAUUUCAAGAGAUUUUUCAACUUCGACAAUAAAUUCAGUGAAUUUUUUCAAAACCCUUUUUCUAGAUCACUUCGGAAAUCCAUGCUACCUAUGCCGCUGUUUUGUCCAAUACACCGAUCGUGACGUGGCAGUUCCAAUUCGACCAUACGCAAUGGCAAUCGAUGGAUAUGACACAACAGAAGACAGAUGUUUGGCGACUUGUCAAAGAGAUUCGGUAAGAAGCCCGGCACCUGCUGAAGAUUAAAAUUCAAUUAAUUAUUUUUUUCAGCGAUGCAAAGCCGCUGUUUAUGGAAUGGUUGGUGGUCGAAGUGUUUUCACGUGCGAAUUCUAUGAGAAAAUCGAUUCGCGAACUGCGCCAAUGUAUAUUCCAUAUGUGAAUAUGUAUAUUAAACGGUCAACAUGUCCAUUAUCGAUUUCGCAUUUGUCGAAUGUUGAUAUGGUGCCAGCAAAUGAUAGUUCGAUUAAAAGAAGGACGAAGCAAGAGAAGUUUAUCAAACGCAAGAAUCCGUUUUUGGGUUAG